UCCAGAGCCCCUGUCUGUCUGUCUGUCUGCCGGUCUGUCUGUCUGUCUCUCUGCCUGCGGAGACACUGACGUAGGGAAACAAAAAACAAAAAAAAAGUUGCGGAAAAUUUCGAAAAAGAGGAGAAAAAUCCCAGCUGCAGCAGGACCUGAGCCAGGAAUGAGCUCUUGUUUCUCGCCGGAACUCUUCAUCCAGCUGUGGAAAUGCGACGUCUAACUUUUCACACACUAGUUUGCUUGAAUAAGGCUUUUGCUUUGCUUCUUCUCACUAGUUCUAAUCGCACUGCUGCUUACACACAACAUGAAGUCAUGCAGCAAAGUCAACUUUCCGAACAAUACAAUAAAGGUGUAUUCCUUUUGGAGAGUGUUUUCUUGCAUCGCUGUCUCUUUGCCAACUCUUCGGGCAUCUCCCUGGUCAGCUGCAAUCAGCCAACCGCUGGCUUGCGGUGGAAGUGGGUCUCUCGCCAUCGCCUCUUCAACCUAGGGACCAGCAAGUGCCUGGGCAUCAACUCUACGAACCAGCAGUCCGAAGUGGGAUUGUUCGAAUGUGAUGUUCUCUUACACCCCAUGUGGUGGCGUUGUCACGGCUACGUGUUGUAUGGAACCACCCAGAAGAAACUAGUUGUGAUGGGUUCGCGGGUGACAGUAAAUAGAUCCAGCCUGCAUGAGUGGAGGAUCUAUGGGGAGCUUGGAGAGGCACCCUGUACUUACCCUUAUGAAGAAAUCCACACUCUGUUUGGGAAUGCCCAGGGAUCGCCCUGCGCUCUGCCUUUCCAGUACAGUGGGAAGUGGUACUGGGACUGCACCACCGAAGGCAGAGAGGAUCAGCAUCUCUGGUGUGCCACCACCAGCAGCUAUGACCAGGACCAGAAGUGGGGAUUCUGCCCGACUGAAGCGCCUGGUUGUGAUCCGCUGUGGGAGAAGAGCGUUGAACUGAAAGCAUGUUAUCAGUUUAACUUGUACUCUCUCCUCACCUGGAGCCAAGCACUCACCUCCUGUCAAUCACAGGGAGCCAGUCUCGUGUCUAUCACUCACACUGCAGAGCACAACUACAUCCGAGAAAGGCUUGCAGACAUGGGUGUGAUAGUCUGGACUGGGUUAAACCACUUAGCUCACGACGGGGGGUGGCAGUGGUCAGAUGGAUCCCCUUUUGCUCUGCUUCAGUAUACUUCAGACAUGACGUCACUCGUGGUGGGGCAGAACCAUCUGUGUGGAGCGUUUAACUCGGCACUGGAGACAGGGCAAUGGCAGAGCAUGUCCUGUAAUUCCGCUUUGUCUUACAUCUGCAAGAAAACCCCCAAUAUCAGCAGGAGAGCUGAACCUAUUGAUAACUGGCAGUAUAAAAGUACGGUGUGUCCAGAUGGUUGGAUUGAUCACAAUGGUUUCUGUUAUCGCUAUGUGGAUGAGAAGGCGAGCUGGGACAACUCCUCUAACACCUGCAAGGCUCUCGGAGCACAACUGACCAGCAUCCACACCCUCUCUGAGCAGGAGCUACUGCAAGCGCUGCUUAUUAACGCCUCUUACCCAAAGGUGUGGAUUGGUUUAUAUAUGGAGGCUGGUUCUCCAACUGUUGAGUGGUCAGAUGGCUCGCCUCUUACUCUUACAUCCUGGCAACGUCAACAGCCUUCUCCUCGCCAUGAAGAAAAACGUGUGUGUGUUGCUGCAGACAGGAAGAACGGGAACUGGGAGGUAGAGGAUUGUGAGAAGAUGUAUCCAGCAGUUUGUCGUACUGUUGGCCUUGUACCCCUACACACAACAGGAGAAUGGGAAGAAGGAUGCCCAGAGGGAUGGAAGCGGAAAGGAAACUCCUGCUACAUGAUUGUAGAUCAUGAGCAGACUUUCGUGGACGCAGCAAAGGGAUACUACUGUAAAUCCUCUCUUGCCACUAUCAAGGACAGGUCCGAGCAAGCAUUUCUCAACAGCCUGAUCAGUGCAAGGAACACUUCUGCAUCCCAGUUUUACUGGACAGCUCUCCAGGACCAGAACAGGACUGGAGAUUAUCUCUGGUUGUUGCAGAACGGUUCCACAACACCUCUUACUUACACCAACUGGAAUCGCCACCAACCCUUAGUGACCGGAGGAGGCUGUGUGGCAAUGACCGGAGGGCAGCGUCUUGGGCACUGGGAGGUGAAGAACUGCAAUUCUUUUAAAGCCUUAGCGGUGUGCAAGCAGACUGUGAGCAGUUACCAUGAUGUCCUCGUUCCCUUAACACAUGUAGACCACAUUGCACCCUGUAAUGACGGAUGGGAGAGUCAUCCCGGCUUGCAGCACUGCUACAAGGUCUUCCACAACGAGAAGAUCUUGAUGCGUCGCUCAUGGUCUGAAGCAGAGUUUUUCUGCCGCGCUCUCGGCGCAGACCUCGCCAGCUUUCACUAUUACAACGACCAGGUGUUUGUCAAACAGCUUCUGACUAAGAUGUUUGACAGUACAGAGGGUCGUUGGUUCUGGGUUGGCUUCACUAAAAGUGAUCCACAGUCUGCUGAAGCCUGGGAGUGGUCUGAUGGCACGCCGGUGGUGAAAUCCUUCAUAGAUGACAAAAACGAGGAUUUGAGCACACACAAUUGUGCAGUGUACAGCGAUCUAACCAACACUCUCACACCCCGACCCUGUAACGCCAAACACGAAUGGAUCUGCAAGAUGCCCAGAGGAGUCGAGUUAACAAAGCCUUAUUGGUACAACAAUCAGAACGAGCCGUGGGUUUUCUACCGUGGUGCCGAGUACUACUUGGUCAGCCAGCCAUUCCCUUGGGAGUUGGUGUUGUUCGCCUGUAAGAUGAUGGGAGCAGACUUGCUGUCCUUACACUCCAAAGAGGAAAUGGUGUUCGUCAGAGAACGCAUGAAGAAAGCUGCUUACAAUACUACUGAAUGGUGGAUUGGUCUGUCAGCUAACAGCGCACAUGAAGGCUUCAGUUGGACCGAUGGAACAGCCCUAGAUUAUGAGAACUGGAAAAGUGGAAUGCCUUCUGGACAACCUGGACAAAACUGCAUCUCUAUGUCUCUGACUGGGGCGUGGUCAACAGCUCGGUGUGUGGAUCCUCACGGUUACGUGUGUAAGCGCAGGACCGUGUCGGUGGUGGAGACACCAAGGGAGCCUCACUUUAUCGGCGCCUGCCCUGAAAACUGGUUCUACUUCGGCCACAAGUGUCUGUUGCUGCAUCUCCCAUCCCGACCGGAGGAGGGGAAGAGCUGGACGGAUGCUCAGUCCAUCUGCUCUAGCUUCCAAGGCAUGCUGGUUUCAAUUGAGGAUGAGAUCGAGCAAGCUUACAUCACUAUGCUGCUUCAUGGCCAAUCUGAUGGAGUUUGGAUUGGCUUAAAGGAUGGAGACACCAUGAAAUGGACCAAUGGGAAGCCUGUGACGUACACUAACUGGUCACCUGUAGAACUGGAGCACUCUGAGGAGUGGUUGAGGGACGGGAUCGAAUCACUGUGCACUGUUCUGUCCAACACUCACAACUUUCAUUUUACAGGAAAGUGGUACAAAGAGAAGUGCACCAACAGAGGCUAUGGGUUUGUGUGUCAGAAAACACAAGACAAAACCAAACGCCCCUCCCACUCAUACCCUGGACCUGCCUCCCUUGAGUUCUCAGAGUACAAGAACCGGAGUUACCACGUUGUAAAUGGCAACCUGAGCUGGUACAAAGCACUGACUGCUUGUGUGAAGAAAAAUGCACAGCUCGUUAGUAUCACUGACCCAUUUCAUCAGGCCUACCUCACUGUACUGGUCAACCGACUGGGAUACCCACACUGGAUCGGACUCCUCAGUCAGGACGAUGGUGUAAAUUAUCGCUGGAUUGAUGGCAGUAAUAAUAUGUUCACACACUGGGACACGGUGGAUGAUGAUGGGGACAAUUCAUUUGUGUUGGGAAAUUGCGUGUAUAUGGACAUCAGCGGCGGCUGGAGAAGAGCCGACUGUAACAUGCCUCUUCCAGGAGCACUGUGCUACGUACCUCCACCCAAAAGCAUUGCAUUCUCCUCUGAAGUGGUGUGCUCAGACACAUGGGUGAAGUUUCGCGGAAGCUGCUACAAUUUCCAGCCCGUUGUGUUAAGAGUGCCUCUAGAGGAAGCCAGAGAACACUGCAGGAGAAAAGACAAUGUUACUGACAUCCUGACCAUCCGAGAUGAGGAGGAAACCCGCUUCUUCCUGGAGCAGAUGAAAAACUUUUAUGAUGGCUUUGAGACUGUGUGGCUGGGCAUUUAUUAUAACACAGACAUGGAUGCAUUAACCUGGCUGGACGGCUCAGCACUGAAAUACACCAACUGGCGCCUGAAGGCUCCGGAUGCGAGCGUGAUGAACGCAGACACGUGUGUGUCGAUGCGGGUAUCAGAUGCCGCGUGGCUCCUGGCCAGCUGCACAGAUAGGCUUGGCUACGUAUGCAAAACUCGUUCAGUCCAAGACGUGGAGGUGGAGCCAUUGACGGGUCUGCAUCACGGAGUCAUUCCAGCCGCAGUCUUAGUGGCCAUAUUGUUCUUUGCGGUGAUGGCUGGAUUGCUGUGGUUUGUGUAUAAGAGGAACACGCUGGGUUUCCGGAGACUUCCGUCACUCGGCAGUGCCUUUUACAGCUCUCAGGCCACAGACUCCGAUGGAAACGUGCUCCUGGCGGACCUAGAGACACAUGCGGGGGAUUAGCGUGUAUCGGACAUUUGGGUGGGGUGGAUAUGUCGAGACACCUUUUUUUAUAUCCACAAGGAUAGGAGUAGCUGACCGUUUUAUUUUUUAUUUUUGGAUGCUGUGGUUAAGGAUAGAUUUAGGUAUAGCAUAGCAAUAAUUAACCGCAUUAAUAAUUACAUCCUCAUAUGGAUAGUAAGACAAUCGUGUGUGUGUGUGUGUGUGUGUGUGUGUGUGUGUGUGUGUGUGUGUGUGUGUGUGUGUGUGUGUGUGUAUAAGAGAGACAGUGUGUAUGGAAAAUUGAGAGAGACAGAGAGAUAAAUUCCAUCAGGGAUACUGAGGUCAGGAACACACUUAAAUCCUGCAUCAAAACUGCAUCUCAUUACUUUAUGAUUUCUCUUUGCUGUGAUCCACAGCAGCUGCACUAUGUACAUUGUAAUGCUUUUAAACAGUAUCAUGGAAGAUUAGGGAAAAAGGAAUGGUGAAAUAUCCAGAGUUAAACAGUAAGGUUUUCUUGUUUUCACAGUAUCAGGGAGACUUUGUGAACACCACUAUAGACGGUUAGUACUUAUCACCACAAACAGCAUCUGCUAGGAAACAUUAUUUAUGUAGAAACUAUGACACACAUUCAUGUGAAGCUCGUUCAUGAAGGCCUUUUUCAGCAGGAAGUUUAUUCUAGGCCGGGUUAUGACAAUAAACAAUGCAUCAUGCAGUUUUUAAUAGCUUUGAAAUUAGUUAAGGAAACACCAAAGCAGCAGCAAAAGCAGAGUUGUUUAUUUUGGAAAGACACCACAGCCUUUUGUUAUCAGUGUUUGAACAUGGUUUCAGUGAGCGUUAUUCUUUUGAAUUGUGAAUCUUUUUUUAUCGGAACAGACUGUUGUAGUUUUUUUUUUUUUUUUAAACAAGCACUUUAUGUCAAUUCAACUCCCCAUGCUAUGAGACUAGAAAUCCACACACCCUAAAUCUGAACUCCAAAUCACAAAACAGCUGUACAUUAAAGAGUCAGGCAUUGUAGCUGACUAAUUCAGAAUAACUGACUCGUAUUAACACAUAUUAUAUAUGUCUUUGGAAAUAUAGUCUUUGCUCCCUUUUUUCCCCAUCUCAUUUUUUUUUAUAAUUUGAAAGUAAAUUGUAAAAGGCCAGCUGUGCUGAUCUGGAUUUAAUGUGUAUCUUAAAGCUGUAGUCAGUGUUGUUGUUUUAACAUUUCCCACUUAGCAUCUUUGCUUCUGUGUGUGAUAAAGAUUCCUGCAUCAAAUCAUGUGUACGAAACUACGCAGUAUAUUUUGGGAUCUCUAGAAACCAGCCUUGGUAUCGAUCUCAAGACGGUCAAGCUUACAAUUUGUGCACUGUUAACGGGGUUAAUAUUAUUUUUCUGGUUGAUGUGACAUGACUUUUUUUUUUGCCACAUGGAAUAAAACAGCUGUACAGUAUUGAAUCACGGUUUACAGUUUUACUGCCAUGUUUGUUUUUGUUUGUAAUUAAGUAAUAAGAAUAGGUUUGAAUAGCUGCAUGGAGCUGCCACAAGUUCUCUUCACUCUUAUUCUUAAUGUACUUUUAUCUGUUGAAAAUCGGGGGCUUGUACAUUCAGUUUUAACCUGUGAGAUAAAACAGAUUUUUUUUUGUCUGUUGAAAUAAAGGAAAUGUCUGUCAUUUGA